ACGAACCCAACUCCACAAUCGACUUCGACAUCCUCCCGCUCCUCUACAAUUCUCGACGAUCGAACGACUUCAUACCAAGAUUUCGCCAAUCUGUCGAGCCUCAAUCUGCCAGCAUCGCGUACAACGGAACGAUUCAAGGCGAAGGGCGUAUCAACUUCGAGCGAUCCGACAACGAUUGCGCCGGCCUCCAUGAGGUAAUUCUCGAAGAGCUCACAGCUUGGGCGCAAAUCAAUUCUCAGAAACUCCACGAAUCAAUUCCCACCCUCUGGCAAGUUUGAAUCGCAUAGAAACCUUGUCGCGAUGGCGGACCCAAAGCUUGUAUGGAAUCAGGAGAAUAUCAGAGAUGUGGCAGAGUCAGUUGGCAUACCAAAUCUGAGCGACGAGACAGUCAAGGUCCUCGCGCAAGAGGUCGAAUAUCGAGUUGGACAGGUUAUUGUCGAGGCGAUGCGAUUCAUGCAUGCUGGCAAGAGAACAAUAUUGGGCACGCAAGACAUAUCACAAGCGCUGAAGGUGCUGGAUGUAGAACCGCUCUAUGGCUACGAAUCUACAAGGCCUUUGAGAUUUGGAGAGGCCUCGCUGGGUCCAGGACAGCCGCUAUUCUAUAUUGAAGAUGAGGAAGUUGAUUUUGAGAAGCUCAUCAAUGCGCCUUUGCCCAAGGUUCCUCGAGAUGUCUCAUUUACUGCACACUGGCUUGCCGUAGAAGGCGUUCAACCAUCCAUACCUCAGAAUCCUACUACCGCCGAAGCUCGUGCGAAUGAAUUAGUACCCAAAGGACCAGGUGCAAAUCCUACCCUUGGAGCUCUAGCAGGAAAUGACAAUGUCACCUUCAAACCUCUUGUCAAGCACGUUCUCUCGAGAGAACUUAUUCUAUAUUUCGACAAGGUUAGAGCUGCGAUUCUCGACGAAAGUCAAGAUCCAGAGAUUGUUAUUUUACGAAAGUCCUCACUCAAGAGCGUCCAGUCAGAAGUAGGGUUACAACAAUUGGUCCCAUACUUCGUGCAGUUCGUUUCGGAGAAAGUUACACAUUCUAUCAACAAUCUUUUCGUCCUUCGGCAGAUGAUGGAGCUCACACAAUCGGUCACCGAAAAUAAAAACCUCUUUAUUGAGCCAUAUAUUGCAUCACUCGUUCCACCAAUACUCACCUGUCUUCUCGGACGAACUUUCGGUGCUCCCGGACUGGACAAUCUGAAAGAACAAUAUCAGUUACGAGAUCUGGCUGCUUCACUGAUUGGUCAUAUCUCAAAUAAAUAUUCAAAGUCGAGCGGGGAUCUCCAGUCAAGAUUAGCACGAACGUGCCUGAAGUACUUCCUGGAUCCCACACGAUCGCUAGCUGAGCAUUAUGGAGCAAUCAGCGGCAUCACUUUGAUCGGCGGGCCAUCUGCCAUCUUGACAUUAAUCCUUCCCACCAUGAAGACGUACGAGUACGUCUUAACAAAGGCACAAAAUGAACGAGGAGCGAACGACGAGAGCUUGCGGAUGCUGAUUGGCGCUAUCAUGAAAGGCAUAAUGACCAUCGCAGAAUCACCGACUCAGAUGAUGAACGGCCUUAAUGGAAAUGCUGCAGAGGGACAGUUAGUUGAGGAGUAUCUGGGGAGCACUAUUGGGAGUAGAGUCGUGGCAUUGGGGAAUCAUAAGCUGAAUAAGGCGAUCCUGGAUUCAAUCGACAAGUGAUACUGAUAAAUAGGUUUUGCAUGGCUGGCGUAUGAUGGAUGGCGUCUGGGCAGGGAGGAAUUCUUUGACACUUGAAUGACAUUGAUUCCUUAUUAACUAGGAGUGUUUCGAAGGUCCUUAGAAAAUGAGACAU